AUGUCUUUUAUUCCCCGAGUAUUGGCUCCCGCUCGUACACGGCUAGCUGGAGUUGUCAUCGCUGCUCCCCGUUCUCUCUUUUCCUCAUCAACGCGCUUGUAUUCGACCUCCAAAAGCUCGUUUGACCCUCAUGAUAUCCACAAUGUAACCCACGGCCCAGACCACAUCCAAUCAAAGAUGCCGGCGAAAGAGCUUUUGCGCAACCACCACCGUUUCAGCGAGUUUGAUCUUGAGGGUCGAGUAUAUGCCAUCACCGGCGGUGGGCGAGGGCUAGGACUAUCAAUGGCGGAAGCAUUGAUCGAAGCCGGGGCAAAAGUGUACUGUCUGGACCGCCUCGAAUCCCCACAUCCAGACUUUCUCGUUGCCCAGCAAAGGGCCAAGGACGACUUUGGCAGUAGUUUGGAGUACAUCCGCAUUGACGUACGCGACAGCACCGAAGUCAACGAUGCAUUCGCAGCCAUUGCAGCGAAGGGAGAGCGAUUGGACGGUCUGAUCGCCGCAGCAGGAAUCAACCACCUCCAAAGUGCACUGGAGCACUCCCAACAGGCUUUGGACGACGUGAUGUCGAUUAAUUAUAAUGGAGUGUUCAACUCGGCCACCGCUGCGGCCCGCCAGAUGUUCAAAUACCAACAGAAGGGUUCGAUCCUACUAGUAGCCAGUAUGAGCGGCCUCAUUGCCAACAAGGGCAUGACCUCACCCGUGUACAACUCGUCCAAGGCGGCAGUCAUCCAGCUAAGCCGUUCUCUCGCUAUGGAAUGGGGUCGUCAUGGCAUUCGUGUCAACAGUCUGUGCCCCGGUCACAUCAUCACCCCGAUGGUGGACGAGGUAUUCAAGCAAAACCCCGCUGCUAGGGCUACUUGGGAAGCGGAAAACAUGCUUGGUCGCUUGGCAAUGCCUGAGGAGUUCCGCGGCGCGGCUCUUUUUGCCUUUCUGAUGCGAGCAGCUUCAUGA